CGAGUAGCUUAGCACUACACCCUUUUUGUGGUUGUACCCUUGUACUGCCUGCCCCCUGUGCCUUCACUCUUCAUCUGUUUCUCCCUUGACUGACUGACGAGAGUCAGCGACGGAGAGACACGCAUCAUUUCUUCGGAGACACUAUCCUCAUACAACGCAUCAUACAUAUCUUCGACUACCAAGGAGGACGGACUCGUUUUCUUUUUAAAAAAACAGCAACUCUUAUCGCAGGCAGGAGUAUUGAGAUACUCCUGCGACUCGGCGACUCGGCGACUCGGCGACUCAGCUACAUCAAAAGCUAUCGCCAUACUUAAUACCCAACCCAGCGAAAGACAGAAAGACAGACAGACAGAGCGACGUCUCACGCUUCCCUUAUACCCAUCCAUAAUCACCACCAGCGCGAACCCACCGCGAACCUCAACCAUCCACGCGCCAGCAAACAAUGAGAUAAAACAACCGCCCUCACCACCAGCUGGGCGCAUCCCACGAACCCGCCAAACCACAAUCACACACACACACAAACCACCCGCCAUGUCCUCACUACCCCACGACCCCACGACCCCCUCCCAAGGCGGACCACCCAGCAUAAUCUCCUCCCGCAUGACCGACAUCGCCUCCGACGACGGCCACGACGGCACCUCCUAUGCCACCCCCGCUCACCACACAUCCACAAACAGGCAGAGCAUCCAGUCCUCGCGCCCCGGCACGGGGAGCGCUGCCAUGUCCACACGAAGCCCCUGGUCCGCACCCCCCUCCUCGCGACGGGGUCCCAAGUCAUCCGGGACGCCGUCGAGCCUAGCAGGAGGGGGAGGGGCGAGGCCGCCCAGUUCAACGAGCCGGACGCAUGUUCCUAGCCUCACUUCGCAUGCAUUUUUUAGACCGAUGAGUUCACAAAGGUUGCAGGCGCAGAGGGGGGGGCCGAGGGUGCCGGUUGCGGGUCAGAAUCAGAGGGGGAGUGGAGACUUUGGGGGGGACGCGCCGGCGGCGCCGACUAUUGCAUCGGGGUAUACGGGGAAUCCGAUCCAGAGUAGGGAUGAGAGUGGACCGCCGCCGCCGUCGAGGGGGACGGAGAUGAGUUUGCAGGAGAAUGUGCAGACUACGACGGCGAAUACGAGCCCGACGCAUGGGCAUUAUCAGACGACCAGCCUUAGUUCCUCUGUUCAACCUCUCCAAGUCAACAACUACAACUCAUCCAACCCCAAUGGACCUACAGUCAACACCGGCCUCACAACCUUCCGCAACGCAGGCCUCCCCACGCCCUCGAAAUCCCCCCACUCCUUUCGCUCCUCCUUCCUCCUCCCCUCGAGGGGAGGGGAUAUGGUCCCACACAGCCCGAACAGGAGUAACCACGGCCACUCCAAGCUCUCCUCCGGCGCAACAUCACCCGCUCCGCGCCCUUCAGACGCUACGCCCCUCCCCUCCUCCAGCAUCGCUCCCGGCGCUGCCUCGGGCGAGAAAGGGGCCGGCGGGGAAGCGAGAGGGGGAGUCAAGAAUUACGUGCACUUCCCCGGAAACACGCGAUUCUUCCUCGGCGGGCGCUUCCAGAACGCGAGGGAUAGACCGGUUAAUAUCGCCACGGGGAUCCUGGUAAUCGUACCAGCGGUACUGUUUUUCGUCUUCCAAGCGAGUUGGCUCUGGCAUCGCGUUUCCCCCGCUGUGCCGGUGGUGUUUGCAUACCUAUCAUUCAUAUGCUUCUCCUCCUUCAUCCACGCCUCCGUCUCCGACCCCGGCAUCCUCCCCCGCGACCUGCACAAAUUCCCACCUCCCCCCGCGAUGGAGGAUCCGUUGACGCUGGCGCCGCCGACGACGGCGUGGUUGAUCGUCAAAUCGCAUCUCCCAGCCAGCACGGCAAUGGAGGUACCGGUGAAAUACUGCAAGACUUGCCAUAUUUGGAGGCCGCCGCGCGGGCAUCAUUGCAGGAUCUGCAAUAAUUGCAUCGAGACGCACGAUCAUCAUUGUGUGUGGUUGAAUAAUUGUGUGGGGAGGAGGAAUUAUAGGUAUUUCUUCACCUUCGUUGCUGCCGGGACGGGGAUGGCGGUGUUUUGUACCGUCACUGCUGUUGUGCAGUUGAAUACUGUGGGGCGCGACAUUGGUUCCGGCUUCUCCUCCGCCAUCACCAGAGAACGGGGGGUGUUCGCGCUGUUGAUCUACGCAGCUCUUGCCCUCCCUUACCCGGCGGCGUUGUUGAUGUACCACAUCUUCCUCUCCGGCCGCGGCGAAACGACACGCGAACUCCUCAAUGGACGUAAAUUCAGGAGAGGAGAACGCCAUCGACCUUUCACCCUCGGCUCAGUGGUGAAAAACUGGAUCGCGGUGUUGGGGAGGCCUAGGGGAGGUGGGUAUUUGGGGUUUAAACGCGUGGGAGGGGUGUGGUUGGGUGAGAAGGGGUUUGUUGAGGGGAGGGUUGGGGGAGGGAAAGGGGAGAUGAUGGAGAUGAGGGGGAUGGGUGCUGGGGGGGGUUUAAAUUUUUCUUGA